AUGGCCGCCAGCGCAUGUGGGAAGCAGACCAGCCCCUCGGCCCAGGACUCUUUGGUACUCAAGCCAUCGAUUCAGUUUCAGGGAAACCGGGGGCACAUCACAAUACCCCGGCCAGACUGCCCGGCAGGAGUGCAGACGUUCUUGUUCCACCUUUCCAAUAUCGGCAAGGACAACCCUCAGGGGAGUUUCGACUGCAUCCAGCAGUAUACGUCCAGAAUAGGGCACACGCAGCUGGAUUGCCUUGGCAGCAUCCAGGACAAGAUUGCCAUCCGCGCCACCGACGAAUCCUACGAGAAAGCAAAGCAAACCAUGGCCCAGGUAGAAGAGGAGACCCGAAGCCGUGGAGCCAUCGUCAUCAAGCCGGGGGGCCGCUAUGUGGGCAAGACGGUCAAAAUACGCAGGCCGGCCCCAGCGGUGUCCGACGCCGUCCCCUCACGGGUCCGCCCAACGCCCGUCAACCUGGCCAGCGCCAUCAAGAAGGGCAACAGCGCCGUCUCCCAGCGGCCCCUCAGGGACCGGGUGGUGCACUUGCUGGCCCUCAAGCCAUACAAGAAGCCGGAGCUGCUCCUGCGGCUGCAGAAGGACGGCCUCUCGCCACAUGACAAGGAUGCCCUGGACGGCCUCCUGCAGCAGGUGGCGAACGCGAGUGCGAAAGACGGCACGUGCACUCUGAAAGAUUGUCUCUACAAAGAGGUGCAGAGGAACUGGCCGGGCUACUCGGACGGAGACCAGCAGCUGCUGAAGAGGGUCCUUUUCCGAAAACUCUGCCCGCCACCGAAUGACCUGCCACCAGAAAACCUCACUGCCAGUUCGCCAAAAGACAGCGCAAAUGCACCCUCCUCCUCCCCUCCCCAGAAGCGGCCCCACCCCCCGGAGUUCACGGACCCCCUGCUCAGCAAAAAGCACCGGAUCUCACACUAUGCCCAAAGGACUCAGGCCACGCUCAAUGGCAAGCUGAAGCCCACCAGCAAGAAGGAGGUGCCUUCGCCUUUCCCUGCAGCCCCGGCAGACACGGCCGGCCGCAGCCCCAUCCCCGCGGCCCCAGAGCCGCCCAGACCCCACGACCCGCUUCACAACGUCAGCAGCGAACCAGGCUGCAGCAAGGACAGCCACCCAGCGGAGCCCACCAAGGUGGCGGCGGUGGUGGCAGCCCAGCUGGCCACGGACCCUGCCCCGGCAGACAAGCCGAGCCCUGCCCGGCACUGCAAGGCCAAGAGGAAGAUGAAGAGGCACCAGGAGGAGGAGCAGCUGUGCCAGGAAGGGCCCGACUACGACCCGGAGGAGGGCAGCUCGGGGAUGUGCCUUUCCAAGAGCGGCAGAGGCCUGAACGGGAUGUGCAGCGGCCCCGGCAGCAGCGUGCCCAUGCCAGACUUGCCAGAUUACUUGCUCAAAUACAGCUCCAUCCUCUGCGCCGAGCAGCGGCAGAGCUACAAGAAUGACUUCAAUGCGGAGUACGGCGAGUACCGCAGCCUUUAUGCCCGCAUCGAGCAGAUCACACGCCGGUUCAUGGAGCUGGACUCGCAGCUGAAGCAGCUGUCCCCCGGCUCGGACGAGUACAAGAUGAUCCAUGACCAGAUCCUGCAGGAAUACCGGAAAAUUAAAAAAACGAACCGGAACUACAGCCAGGAGAAGAACCGUUGCGAGUAUCUUCACAACAAGCUGGCCCACAUCAAAAGAAUGAUAGCCGAGUACGACCACAAGCAGUUCCCCGCCUGGCCCUAAGCCCAGGGCCCGGGGGGCGUCAAACAGCAGACUUUCCGAAAGCGGGGCCAGCGGAAGGGCUCGCUGUGGCCUUUGAAGGGCCACGUGGCCUCACUUGGUUCAGGGGCCAGCAGAUUUAAUCCCAGCGAGAAUCCCGGAGACGACGUGGCGAAACGUCCUCUGUUCUCUCUCCAGACAGUAAAGACAAUUAAAGCGCGGAAAGUUUGCUUAUUCUUGGAUGCCAGCACAUGACGUUCCCCAAACAGCUGACUGCCAGCGGCGUGUGGAACCGGGCCCCCGGCUGCAGGCCUCCUGCCACCGACCGGUCAGUGCCGGGCCUUCGCCGGCAGAGAGCGCUCACAGAGCACCCCUCCCUCCGAGGCGCGCUUCCCUGCCCCUGCCCCUGCCCCUGCCCCUGCCCUCCGUUAAACUGUUGCCCCCUCCUGCUUCUGUUUCUGCCCCUCAUCCUUUCCUUCCACCCUUCUGUCUGCACGUGGCCAGGUCGGGGUGGGCUCGUGGCUGGGCCUGCUUCCUCGGCCACGUGUGGGCACUUGGUGUGGCGGCCACAGCCGCUGAGGGCGAGCUCAGGCUCACCGUAUUUCUCACUCCCGGCGGCCCGUUUCUGUCUGCUGCCGACCGGCCAAGGGGAUUUUGUAUCGUUGCUUUUUAGGGCCUCUCUCUUGUGAGCGGGGGCCUCCGCCCCCUCCCUUCCUUCCUCCUCUGGAUGCGGGGCUUUUUGCAGUGAUCUCGUAUCAAGGUAGAGGCCAGGCGGACGGAAGGUGCUUUGUUCUCCCUUGGUUUGUGUAAACUUCCCAAAGAAACGGAAGCACAUCAAAGGAGUCUGUCCGAGGGCAGUCCCGGAGUCCUCAGCACCGUGCUGUGCGCACCUUUCUCCACCCGUCCUGCCCUGCCAGCCCGAAGAGCGAUUUGGGCAGGGGGGAGAGUGCCCAGCUGGGCCGUGCCGAACACCCCUCACGUUUGAGGUGCGGGGCUGAUCCUGCCAGAUCCCCAAGCUGACUUAGUUCCUGCGUUGUUCUCAGCCAGCUGGCCUUUGGCAGGGCUGUUUAAUGACAGGCGUGCGGCUGUGCUGGGAGGAGCAGGGGCCUUCCCUGCAGCCCCAGGAGCAAAGGGGCCUUCCCUGCGGAGCCCACACGAAGCAAGGAGCAUCAGCCAAGCUGCCCGAGGAAAGGGGUGUUUUAAACAACACCCGGGUCCUCAUGAGAAGAGGGGGUCCUUGGGAUGAGGCAGGUGAGAGUAGCGGACCCCAGUCCCGGAGGCAAUAAUCAGACUCGCAGCUGGCUGCACCCGUUUGGCCUCUCCCAGGAUGUCCAGCCGGUCGGUGGCGCUUGGGCGAAGGCGCCCUGACUCCUGCGGGAUCGAAACGGGUCUGAGCGUGCCCAGCGUUCCCCCGCGCUGGGCCAUUUCCGUCCCGACUUCAAAACCCCCGCCACACACUGUUUUAGUUUGAACCUUCUUUUGGCCCUGGUCCUGAAUUCUCAAGGGCCACUGGGCUACAGGGAUCUUUUUGGUAAUUCCAGGCCGUGAGCUGGGAGAGGCUUGCUGCGACCGGCCACAAGGCACCGUUCUCCUUUGCUGCCACAAGGGUAAAUUUAAAUUUACACAUUUAAAUUGCUUUAGGGAAGGAACAGGAGCCAAAAGGGGCUUUUGAGCUGAUAUUGAGAGGGCUGAUCUCUCAACUUUAUAUUUUUUUGGCAGGGGGAGGGUAACUGAAUAUUUUUGGAGGGAAAUUAUUACAAAGAAAUGGAUCUUGCUUCUUUAUAUGAUAAUGUGUUCUAUAUAAUAUUUUUGCAAAUGACAGUUGGAUACAACGAUGUAUUGUGUACAUUACACAGGGCUGUGUGUGUAUAUAUAAAAAUAUAAAAUUAUAUAUUCUGGAACUUUCUAGAAUUUGGAAUAGAUAUUUAAUGACUAUCCAAAUGGAGGGGAAAUAAUACUGUGAGACUUUGCUUUGCUGCUUCAUUCUGAGACUGUUUAAAGAAGCAUUUUGUGUUUUUUUUAAAAUAUAAAUUUAUUUUCUGUUUCAUCACCAUGUUAACAAUUUACCCCUUUUCUAGGGAAAACUGUGCCAGGGUAACACUGAGGUUGGGGUGGGGAGGGAGGGGGGUUAAAGCUGAUUUGACCAUCUAAAGUUGAUUUGAAUACGAUCUAAUUUAUUCAUUUUUUUUGUAAUAAUUGUGUGACAGAUGAUAGAAUUUGAGCCAUUAAGUUGUUUACAAAGAAAAGGUUUAAAACAAACUUUUUUUUCACAUUGCCAAAAUGUUAAAAAGUGGCAUAAAGCCCUUCUCUACUUUCCUAAACUUUUUGUUUGUUUUCUGUUGUAAAAAGCUGAGAGUUGGAGAAGGCGGGAACAAAGCAAAAUUCAAGUGCUGAUUUUUAUUCAGAAGCAUUUUUUUGCAACAUAUAAAUAAAGUCAUUGUAUUGGAAA